CGAGUGUAAUUAGCAUUUAUUUGGAACAGCUGGAAAGCGUAGGAGAUCUCAAUUAAGUCAAAUGUGUUUACUAGCCUCAUGUCGAUUGGUCGUGAAUAUCGACAUGCUCGUAUAAAAGGUGUAGCGAGAUAAUCAGUGUCAAAGCACUUUGAUCCACUCAUUGAAAGUCUAUUGGUUCGUUAAGAAUAUAACGCAGCAAGAGCAGAUAAAAUGGCUUCCCGUGGUCUCGCUCCUCUGUCCAGUCGUCAGGAGAACAUCAUGGGCCUCGGAAGAGCGGAUGGCCUGCGCGCUCUCAAGCCCGGCCAGAGGGUUGUGCUCGGUGUUUUGACCGAGAAUGAUCAGCAAAACCGAGUAUUUGGUCAGGUUUCAUCCAAAUAUGUGCCAGCUCUUCGUGAUGCAUCUACCCUUGACGUCAGCACAUCGAGGGCUACGCUGGGUGAUCACGUGGUUGAGCCGGUCAUCGCACAGUCCACUAAACAGUCAUCCUCAUUCGUACUGCCGUCAGAGCUCCUGCUAGUAGAUGAUGCGGUCCAAGAUCUUGGUUCAGGGUCUUGCAUGGAUUCUUCCAUGCAGUCAUUGCUGGAGGAGGAGGCCGCUGCUUCUGAGGAUGUCCUGUGUGUUCCAGAAUAUGCUGAGGACAUCCACAGAUACCUGCGUGAAUGUGAAGUUAAAUACAGGCCGAAGCCUGGCUAUAUGAGAAAGCAGCCUGACAUAACCAACUGUAUGAGGAUCAUCCUUGUUGACUGGCUGGUUGAGGUUGGUGAAGAAUACAAGCUGUGCUCGGAGACGCUCUUCUUGGCUGUCAAUUACCUGGACCGCUUCCUUUCGUGCAUGUCUGUCCUGAGAGGAAAACUGCAGCUUGUGGGAACAGCUGCUGUACUCUUGGCUGCGAAAUACGAGGAGGUGUAUCCUCCGGAAGUGGAUGAGUUUGUGUACAUCACGGAUGACACCUACACCAAGAAACAGGUGCUUCGGAUGGAGCAGCACCUGCUCCGAGUGCUGGCUUUUGACAUGACUGCACCCACGGUUCACCAGUUCUUGAUGCAGUACACAUUGGAGGGGCAUAUCUGUGCCAGGACCGUAAACCUUGCUUUGUAUCUUUCAGAGUUGAGCCUGCUUGAGGUGGAUCCCUUUGUGCAGUAUCUACCUUCCAAGACUGCUGCAGCUGCAUAUUGUCUGGCCAACUACACUCUAAAUGGGGUUUUGUGGCCUGAGAACCUGUAUGCCUUCACUGGUUACUCACUGGCAGUGAUCAUCCCAUGUCUGAUGGAGCUUCACAAACUCCAUCUAGGGGCUGCAGGUCGCCCCCAACAGGCAAUCCAGGAGAAAUACAAGAGCUCGAAAUAUUGUGGCGUGUCCCUGCUUGAGCCUGUGGAGUCUCUGCAUCUUCCUUGAUGUUUUGGUGACCACAACUGUUACUUGAGGCCAACAAAUGAACUGCAGCGCUUAAGUCUAUUGUAAAUAUUGAAUGAGUUUUAAAUGUAGCUUUUAAUCUUUUUAAAAAUGUGAUUUUUAUCAUAGGUUGCUUAAGACUACAAAGUAAUCAAAAGUGACUUGUUUCUGUAAAUCCAACAUACUGUUGGUCUGAAGGCUGUUCUCCCUUAUCUGUAUAUGAAAUGAACAAAUGGUUUUGUACCACUUUGUCUACUUUCCUUAGGGUCUCUUUCUCUGGUACACCAUGUAUUUUACUUGUAUACUAAGUGCAAUAUCAUGUACUUCAAACUGAAUUUCAAUAAACGAAACAAGUUGCAUUA